UGUUUUGAAGCGGCCGAGGGGGCGGCGGGGAGCGAGCGGCGGCUAACGGCUAUGGCACGAGGGCAGCUCGCGGUUGUCCCGGUUCUCCUCGCUAUGGCGUUGCUCUUGCUGCAGCCUUUGGCGGCAAGAACAGACAACAGUUUUGCAAAAAGGAAAACCUCCCAGACCAAAAAAGAGCUGGUGGAAGACGGAAAUAGUAAAAUGGCACGAGAGGUCGUGGAAAGAACUCCUAUUAGAAGUAGUUCAAAAGAAAGCAAUUCAGUAUCAUCUCAGAAAGGACGCCCUUCACCCAAUCCAAAAGAGGACAACAGUAAUGAUAAAAAAUUACAAGAAAUAAAUAAUGUUUCAAAUCAGAAUUCACAAGGCAUCUAUGGUUUGUUGACAAUGACAGAUGAGCAAGAAGCAUUGAGAAAGAAACAAGUGCAAGAAAUAGAGGAAUUGUAUCGGAAUGGAAGCAAAAUCCUGAAACGAUCUAGAGAUAAGAAUCUUAGAAAGGAUAGAGGCUAUAAGCUCCUGAUUAAAGCUGCUGACAUGGGAAGCACUAAAGCCAUGGAGAGAAUAGCCUAUGCCUUGUUGUUCGGUGACCAGCUGCCUCAGAAUGUCACAGCAGCUAAAGAUCUCUUUGAAGCCCUGGCAGAAAAUGGUUCACACAAAGCCCAAACUGCAUUAGGAUUCAUGUAUGCCACUGGUAUUGGCGUAGAUCCUAAUCAACCUAAGGCAUUGGUAUACUACACCUUUGCAGCAUUGGGUGGAAAUUUAGUAGCAGAUAUGAUUUUGGGCUACAGGUAUCUUAGUGGAAUUAAUCUUCCUCAGCAUUGUGAAGCAGCUCUAGUUCAUUACAGAACUGCAGCAGAAUACGUUGCCAAUGAUAUUGCCCUUAAUGGAGGAGUGCUAACAGAAAAGGUUAGACUGACAGAAAGAGCUGAAAACCUUAGCUCAAAUGGUGAAAUAAUGGAAUUAGAUUUGUACCAGUACUUCCAAUUAAUAGCAGAGAAAGGAGAUGUUCAAUCACAGGCUGGUCUUGGUCAAUUACAUCUUACAGGAGGCAAAGGAAUAGAAAAAGACUAUGAAAAAGCCUUCUACUACUUAUCAAAAGCUGCACAUGGUGGCAGCAUAAAUGCCCUGGGUUUUUUAGGAAAGAUGUACUCAGAAGGCAGUGAAGCAGUGCCUCAGAACAAUGAAACUGCACUCCAGUAUUUUAAAAUGGCAGCUGACAGGGGGAAUCCAAUUGGAUUGACAGGUUUAGGAUUAGCACAUCUUUAUGGAAAAGGACUGCCUGUGGACUAUGAAGAGGCAUUAAAGAACUUUAAGAAGGCAGCUGAUAAGGGCUGGGUAGAUGGGCAGUUUCAACUAGGAGUCAUGUACUAUUCUGGCUUCGGUGUAAAAAGGGAUUAUAAAAUGGCCAAUAAGUAUUUUCAGCACGCUUCUCAAAAUGGCCAUGCUCUGGCAUUGUACAAUCUAGCUCAGAUGUAUAGUAGUGGAACUGGAGUGGUUAGAUCCUGUGUCACUGCAACUGAGCUGUUUAAAAAUGUUUGUGAACGAGGCCAGUGGACUGAGAGAAUCUUGUCUGCUUAUUUUGCGUAUAAGGAGAACAAUAUAGAUUCUGCAUUUCUUCAAUAUAUGUUCCUAGCUGAACAAGGAUAUGAAAUGGCUCAGAGCAAUACAGCUUACCUUCUGGAAUAUGAACAACCUACACUAGUUGCAAAGACUGAUUGCUACCCAAUGGCUCUGAUAUACUGGAACCGAGCUGCAGUUCAAGGCUAUUCAUAUGCCAGAAUUAAACUGGGUGAUUAUCACUACUACGGAUAUGGCACACUGGUGGAUUAUGAAACAGCUGCAAUUCACUAUCGUCUGGCUGCUGAACAGCAGCACAGUGCACAAGCCAUGUUCAAUCUAGCGUAUAUGUAUGAACAUGGUCUUGGGACAGAGCAGGAUCUUCACUUGGCUAAAAGAUUCUAUGACUUAGCUGCAGAAACAAGUACAGAUGCCUAUAUUCCAGUCUUCUUUGCACUUUGCAAGUUAGGAACCAUAAAUAUCAUCAAUUCUAUUCAAUCUGCCAAUCUCAGUGAAGUGUGGAAUCAAAUAAACCUGGACAGGGUACUCUGGCCUCAUUGGGAUUUGUAUCUAAUAAUGAUUUUAAUUCUACUUCUGGGGUUACUGAGGGCACACAGACACGGCUAGAUGGAGAACGCUUGAGUUAUAUCCUCCAUCCUAGUCAGC